GAAGCACGCGCUCAGCCAGGGAACUCUCCCUCUGACCCAAGAGCCUGCAUGUGAUCCUCUCCCCGCCGAUCCCGAGAAAGGAGCCCAAAGCGCCCGCUUUGCUGCGAAGAGGGAAGCUCCGCGCCCGGCGACCUCCAAAGGGCUGGCCCGGGAGCCCGAAAACUGAAAGCGAAACUCGGGCCCGCGGCGACUUUCGCUUUCGCGCACCCUGCAGGUGGCCGCGCCCGCGCCCGCGUCCAUGGCCCGCACCCAUGGCCCGCGACCCCGGGCGCGCCACGGAGGGCCAGGGCUCCGGCGGCCCGCGCCCCCUGCGCCUCCGCGACUGGCUGGUGGCGCAGAUCGAGAGCGGGCGCUACGCGGGCUUGCGCUGGGAGGACGCGGCCAAGACCGUUUUCCGCAUCCCCUGGAAGCACGCGGCCAAGCAGGACUACCGGGCGCAGCAGGACGCGGCGCUCUUCAGGGCCUGGGCCAUAUACAAGGGCAAACAUCAGGAGGGCAUCGACAAGGAGGACCCCCCCGCUUGGAAGACGCGGCUCCGCUGUGCCCUCAACAAGAGCACCGACUUCCUGGAGGUGCGGGAGAGCAGCCAGCUAGACUGCGCCGAACCCUACAAGGUCUACCGGAUUGUGUCGGACGGAGCCCCCCGGCCAGAUCCCCAGGAUUUUGCUCCCCUUGAAAAGAAGGGCCAUUUCCGGAGCCAGCAGGCGCCCCCUGGAGAAGUGACGACCGGGCUGGGCCGUGGUACAGAAAAGGGGACAGGAGCCAGACACCCCAAAGUCUUGCUCAACCCCAGCCACCCCAGAGGGACAGCCUGGGGACGUCCGUGCCCACAGUCUCACUCUCCCACCCUCGGGACCCCCACGACCGUCUCCCCCGGCGCCCAGGAUGGCUGUGAAGCAGCCACCGAGAAGGACAAGGAGCCGCACCCCCGAUGGGCCCAGAGGGGCUCCCUGCCACCGGCUGCCCUGGCCCCGGAUCCUUUGGCUGACCACAGGUACCAGGCGCAGGACCUCUCUCUCCCCUGGACACCCUCACCCUGGCAGGACUUUGGCCACCCUGACUGCUGGCUGCGCGUGCAGCUGUUCUACGGCGCGGAGCUGGUGCGGGCAGCCACGGUGCGCACGGCCGAGGGCUGCCACCUGUGCCCCCGGGCCACCGUGGGAUCUGCCGAGCACCUGCUGGGGUGGCCCCGGCACGUGGCGCAGUUUCGCUUCCCAGAGCCCCCGCCCGGCACCCUCGUGCUGCGGCGCCUGCUGCCACACCUGGAGCGCGGCGUGCUGCUGUGGGUGCUGCCCGAGGGGGUCUUCGCCAAGCGCCUGUGCCAGGGCCGCGUGUACUGGAGCGGCCCGCUCGCCCCGCACCGCACGCGGCCCAACAAGCUGGAGCGAGAGCGCACCUGCCAGCUGCUGGACACACGCCGCUUCCUCGCGGAACUGCGUGCCCACUUGCUGGAAGGUUGCCCGGAGCCUGAAUACAAGAUCCGACUGUGCUUUGGGGAGGAGUAUCCGGGGCCCCCAGGCCAGCCUGAGGAGCGGCUAAUCAUGGCUCACGUGGAACCCCUCUUCGCCCGAGAACUCCUCCUUCGCUCCAAGGGUCUGAACCCUGCGGCCCCGGGUCUCCCGCUGAGUCCGCCUGAAGAGCUGCUUCCGCCUCUCAGACUGUCCUUCACGGUUCCCCAGCCCAGCGCAGCCCCUGUCCCUCAGGUCUGCCCCACACAGCGGGCCGCUGACGCCACCUGCAGCCCUGCCCACACCGUGCCAGUGACCAGGGAACCCCGCACCACACAAGGCCCGGGUCGGGGGGACAGUGGAAGCCCCCACCUUUGACAGCUCAGCAGCGGGUAGACUGGCCCUGGGCCCGGGCCCGGCUCCUCAGGCGGAAACGGCAGCUCCACGGGAGGUGCCGGGAACGGCUGGUGAGGAACAAGACUGUCUCUGGAGGCCUCGCGGGGCGCCCCGGUCUUCGGCUGCUGCACAGACAAGCACGGCCCGCAGAUGUGGAAAGGUUGGAGAACGCCACCUCGCUCAUGCCUUUCCUGCCCGUGACCACAUCUACUGAAUAACAAACUGGGGGCUCACUCUUGACUGUGGCUUCACCCAAAAUUCAGUACCACAGACGGCAGCAAGUUCAAGCCGCCUUCAGCAGUUAGUCAGAUCCUCAGGACUGUUUGGAGGGGCCACCUACUGGCAGAGAAGCUGGGGGCUCCGGGUGUCCAGAGCCUCCAUCCCACCUCUCACAAGUCUCUCCUCUUUGACACCAGACGACUUGAGGACCAGAGAGAUAGCACAACGGGCUCGGGUAGGGCGUUUACCUAGCAUGUGACCGGCCUGGGUUUGAUCCCUUGCUCCCGGGCCCCACAAACAGCAAUUCCUGAGUACAGAGCCAGGAGUAAUCUCUGAGCAUCGCCAAGUAUGGCCCCAAGACCAAACCAACAAACAGAAGACUUAAACUCAGAACGAGAAUGUGACCUUCGGUGCCUGCCCAGACCGUCUUUGGAGAAACUGACGGAGACCCUCAAACCCCCAAACUGAACAUGACCCUCAUAGCCCUGAGCAACAUUGAGUUGCCCAAACUGAGCACUGAGGGUCCCCACUUUCAGGCCAAACAUUGUCAGGAGUGAUCCUGGGUAUCACUUUCCUCCAGCACUUCGGGGUACCCCAUUAGAAAUACCGGGCCAGUGGGGCUGGAGCAAUAGCACAGUGGGUAGGGCAUUUGCCUUGCACGAAGUCGACCCGGAUUUGAUUCCCAGCAUCCCAUAUGGUCCCCCAAGCAACGCCAGGAAUAAUUCCUGAGUGCAUGAGCCAGGAGUAACCCCUGUGCAUUGCUGGGUGUGACCCAAAAACAGCAAAAAAAAGAAGAAAGAAAGAAAGAAAGAAAGAAAGAAAGAAAGAAAGAAAGAAAGAAAGAAAGAAAGAAAGAAAGAAAGAAAGAAAGAAAGAAAGAAAGAAAGAAAGAAAGAAAGACAGGGCCAGAGAGAUAGUACAGCAGGCAGGGCAUUUGCCUUGCAUGUGCCCAACCAGGGUUCAAUCUCCAGUGACCAGUAUGGUUCCUCCCCUCUUCCCGAACUCCAAGGAGUAAUUCCUGAAUGCAGAGCCAGGAGUAAGCCCUGAGCAUAGCCUCAGGUGUUUUAAGCUGGAGCAAUAGAUCGUACAGUGGGUGGGGUAUUUACUUUGAUGUGGCCAACUCAGGUUCAAUCCCCUUCCCCACAUACGGGCACCCCCCCAGCAAUGCCAAGAGUAAUUCCUGAGCACAGAGAAAGAAGUAACACCUAAACAUUGUUGGGUGUGGCCCCCCCAAAAAAACAAAAAUAAAAUAAAGAUAACUCAGGUGACAACCUAAUAACUUUUCUCAGCCUUUUUUUAAAUUGGGGAGUGUUGAU